AUGAAAAUGGCUAUCUGUGGCGCCAGCCCCACCUUAAUGGUACUGAUCCUGACUUUGAUUCUGACAUUUGGUCAAGCUACGGACACCUGGCAGCGCUUACCUUCUUUGGAAACCUUCUCCUCAUAUGAGGAUAUGCAGCGUUACUUUGAUCAGCGUAAUUUCCGUAGCAUGCGGCACAUUGACAAUCCCACCGACGAUAGUUACCUGGCGGCAUUCAACCAGUACAACGAGCAGCUGGAGGAUCAGGCACCGAAACGGGGGACCCACUCCCAUUCCAGGAUAAAACGGGAACAGCGCCAACUGCCCACGGCACCAAGGAUGCUGCGCUUUGAACUAGCAGAUGCCGUGGAACCGAAUCCGGAACUCAAGCAAAUCCUACGCCAAUAUCAUGCCAGAGCCUUGAAGGAGAAUCCCACGCCUGUGAGUUCGGUCAGUACAACUCAGGAACCAGCUGUCAGCACCACCAAGGCCACAAAGGCUAAGUCCCGAAAACCUCGUCGUCUAAGACGAUCAGUUAUCGGCAGCCAGCAGCCGGCGGAUUUUAAGGUUCAGAUGAUUCCCUUCGAGGAAACAGAUGCCAGGGAACCCGAUCCCGUGACAGCUCAGCUGAUCAAGAAGGCUCGCACCCUGGAUCUUCAGAGCCAGGCCACCAGAUCUUCUGACUUUCACCAGCUGAAACCCCAAGUGGCCAGAAAGCAACCGUUCCAGGUGAGGAUUCGCAAGACAAAGCGCUCCAAGCGCUCGGCUCCGCAGAUGAUCAAGUUUGAGUUGUCGGACGCCAAACCCUUGUCACAAAGGGCGGGAAAACAAUUGCAGUCCGAAGUUGUACCCACUCUCCUGACAAUGGAAACGCAGGCCAGGAACAGGACCCAGUCUCCUCCGUUGACCACACCCACUCCUCGGGUCGAGGACAAUGACAUACUGACGGGUGAGGCCACGGCGGAAACCAAGCGCAUGUAUGUCUACAAGGAGUCACCUCUCUCUUCGGGACAUGUGAAGACCAAGAAGUCACUGAGCGCCCUGCCCCACGAAGUGCAAAAGGUCAUUGGCCAGCUGAUGAAGGAUGGACAUGGUGGCAAGGCGUAUGUCAAGUAUCUUCCUGCCCAGAAAUCCGAGUACGAACACUACAAGGCUAAGCCUUUGUCUUAUGGACUUUCCAAGCCUUUGGGUAACUAUGUGAAGUACAUCCAGAAACCGGCAGAACCUUCGGCUGCUCCGGCUCCCGUCCAAGUGCACAUCCAACCGGUUCCGGUGGUAGAACAACUGCGCUAUGUCUACAAGCCCGGCUAUGUGGCAGCUGCCCCGACAAUAGCCCAACCCAUUGUGGUCCAGGAGGCGCCAGCUCCCACCACCGUUGCAGUGGAGGAAGUGCACCACACGUACACCGCAGAGCUGGCACCGCCGCCCACCCAAAAUCUGGAUGUGAUUGUGCCGCAAUUCAGGCCUUCCAAGCCAGAUCCCCUGCUGGCCGAAGCUCCGGCCGCCAUCUACGGAAAGCCCCAGGAGUCCUACAACUACGAGGAGGCCUCGCCCCUCAUCCAGAUCGAGUACCAUGCCCAGCCGAACGACAUCAAGGAGCACUACAAGCAGCUGCCGGAGUUCCAGCAGCUGUCCACCCUCAUUGGCAAGUCGCCGGAUGAUCAGAUCCACGGGUUGACCUACCUGCUUGCCAAGGAAAUGCAGGCCAAGUUGCAGAGGCAGGGCAAACAGCUGGUGGAUCGCCCGCAGGAUAACACGGCACCGAUUCUCUUCCACCCGGGCCAGGGACCCUCCCCGGCGCCCACUCUCAAAACUCUGUUGGAUCACGGCUCCCUGGGCGUCCAGCCGGGUCGCCUGAUCGGCAUGGCCAAGACCAAGCAGUAUGUGCCCAUUAUCGAGCCGGGGAACAACGAUGUCAAGGAGCUGCCUGCCGUCUCCAGCAGCGAGGCCUCCAAGCUGCCCACACCCAGUUCCUACAUCGAUUACACUCACGGCCACGGGCUGUCCAAUGGCUAUGAAGGCGUGGCCAAUGUGGAGGAGCCGGUGACGACGGUGGAGCAUGUGGUUCACCACCCCACGGUGGCCACGCAGCUGCUUCAGGUCCAUCAGGUCCAGCACCCAAGUCCGCAGCAGCACCACCAACAUCAACACCAACAGCACAUCCAGCAGCCGCAGCACCACGGACUUGUGGCCACUGUCCUGCCGGCGGAACUGGAUGCGGACAAGGGCGUGAAUGGACUGCACUUUGUGCACAGCCAGGAGGAUAAGUCGCUGCAGCAGUACGCCUCAAAGUAUGCGUUCGGUUAUCGCAUACGUGAUUUCCAUACCGGCAACGAUUUUGGCCACAAGCAGAAUCGUGAUCUCCACGGCGUGACACGCGGCCAGUACCAUAUCCUCUUGCCGGACGGAAGGAUCCAGAAUGUUAUCUACCACGCCGACGACACGGGCUUCCAUGCGGAUGUCAGCUUCGAGAGCGGGGCGAAACAUUAAAUCUGGUCUACACCACUGCGGCCUAAUGUGCAAUGUAGCAUAAGUUAGUUUAAAAGUCUUCUUCCAAAAAAAAUAUAAAUAACCU